AUGAUCAAAGCUCUGCUCCUUCUUGUAGUUCUUCUCGACAUCAGCUUCAAUUUUUCUGUGGAAGGCAAAGUUGCCUUGACAGAGGCAGCAGAUGGAGGAAUCACUGCACCACUCGGCGCCGGUGUGGGGCUAAACGAAGAAAUCAACACUCGCGUCAAGCGUCAGGGCUCUGAAAGUGCAGCUCGUUGGCCAAAGAAUACAGUUUACUACUAUUUCGACGAAAGUAUAACUGAUAAACUGUACAUAAGAAAUAGGCUGAAAUAUAUCCGUGAUCGUACGUGCAUCAAUUUCGUCGAGAAUGCCACGGCACCGAAUCGAAUAAAAGUGCUCCAUGGACCACCUUGUUCAUCGCAUAUUGGAAUGAAAGGAGGAGAACAAACACUGGCGUUACCCGACCUUACGGCAAGC